ACUUCCCAGUAGCAGAAAUACAAACUGCAGCUUUUUCCUUGCUUCCUGCUGAAGAAUCCAGUUUGGAAGUAAUCUGCAAGAAACUGGUUUGGACUGAGACAAAAAAAAGACUUAUCCAGCUUUUAAAAAAGAAAAAUAUAUCCAAGAAGCUGAAAUCUUUUCAGUACCUUUUCUUGACUAGAAGUACGAUCUCACUCAGAGCCUGGAAUGUGUACAUUGGAAUGUGUGGGGGAUUUGCCUGUGUAAGUGGGAUAAUGAGAAACUACUGAUGUGUGCCUGAGACGAAACACUGAACAAACCAAAAGGAGGACCUUUGCCAGCAGCGAGCCGAUGCAUGCCACUCCAGCUAAUUCUGGGCAAUUCAGAAGCUCCAUGAACUAAAAACACAGCAAAGGAGGUCACACUAAGUGGAGGAAAAGAUAAACAACAAAUAAUAUUACCUCCAAAUGUCGCUACAAACAAUGGGUAUCAAAGAAAGUUUGUUGCUCUGGGUCAUCAUGCCAGCACUUUUGAUGCCACGUGUCAUGUCUACUUGUCCUGCUCUGUGUCGAUGUGACAAUGGUUUUGUCUACUGCAACGACAGAGGUUUGACAUCCAUUCCUGCCAAAAUACCGGAAGAUUCUACAACUCUUUUCUUACAAAAUAAUCAGAUUAAUAAUGCUGGGAUCCCCAGUCAAUUGAAGUAUCUGUUGAAUAUAAAAGUGAUUUACCUUUACGAAAAUGCUUUGGAUGAGUUCCCUGUAAACCUUCCCCGAUCUCUGAAAGAGCUGCAUCUUCAGGACAAUAACAUUAGGGCCAUUACACAUGAUGCACUUUCAAGGAUUCCUUCGUUGGAGAAGUUACAUUUGGAUGAUAACUCAGUGUCAACAGUCAGCAUUGAGGAACAUGCUUUUGCUAAUAGUAAGCAUCUCAAACUGCUCUUUUUGUCCAGGAACCAUCUAAGCAGCAUUCCCACUGGCCUUCCUAAAACACUGGAGGAACUGAGGCUCGAUGACAACCGGAUUGCAACCAUCCCACACUACGCUUUCAAAGGUUUGGUCAGCUUAAGACGACUAGUGCUGGAUGGUAAUCUUUUAGCUAAUCAAAGAAUCGCAGAUGAGACUUUCAGCAGACUCCAAAACCUGACUGAACUUUCAUUGAUCAGAAAUUCUCUAAUUUUUCCACCACGAAAUCUGCCUGUUUCAAACUUACAAAAGCUGUACCUUCAGGAUAACCUCAUUAGUUACAUUCCAGCCAAUGCUUUUUCAAAAAUGAGACAGAUACAGCGGCUGGAUAUAUCCAACAACAACUUAACAACUUUGCCAAAAGGAGUCUUUGAUGACCUAGCAAACUUGAGUCAGCUACUCUUGCGUAACAACCCCUGGUAUUGUGGCUGCAAAAUGAUGUGGCUCAGAGACUGGUUACAAACAACAGCAUUUCACAUCAAUGUGCGAGGGCUAAUGUGCCAAGGGCCUGAUAAAGUUCGAGGAAUGGCAGUCAAAGAUAUCAAGUCAGAAAUGGAUGAGUGCUUUGAGAACAGCUUGCAUGGCGGCAACACAGCUCUGAAAACAACUCCAAUUGUUCAGACAGCUACUGUCACUCAAGGACUGCAAUUCACUUACAGACCGAGGCGACCAAAUCUGAAGCCACCAGAUUCAGCUGUGGAUUAUCCUUUGUCAAGAGGGUCAGAAACAAAACCAAUAAUCAUUAAUGUGAUGCCUUUAACUGCGGACAGUAUUCGCAUCACAUGGAGGGCAAUGUUACCAGUCACAUCCUUCAGACUCAGUUGGCUCAGACUCGACCAUAAUCCAUCAGUGGGUUCCAUCACUGAAACCUUGGUACAAGGAGACAAGACUGAAUAUCUUCUCACGGCCCUUGAACCCAAGUCAACCUACAUCAUAUGCAUGGUUACAAUGGAAGCUAACAACUUCUAUGUGAGAGAUGAAACACCAGUAUGUGCUAAAGCAGAAACUGCAGACUUAUACAGUCCCACCACAACGUUAAACCGGGAACAAGGGGAAUCGGACCAAAAAAAGUAUGUACUGACCAUGUGCCUCAGAUUGCCACUUCUGUCCAGCUUGGGACAUGGAACACCUGGAGCAGUUAACUGAAGGUACCUGGUGCAGCCAAAACAUCAGCUGGCUCAGCAAAAAAGACUCCCAUUAAAUAUUUUAUUGAAUUUCUGUUAACAUGAGGAAUUUGAACUUAAAAACUACAGAUCUCAAAGCAGGUGGAACUAAACUCACUUGCAUAUGUACUUGAUUUGGUUGACUUGACUGUUACCCCUCUUUAUUUCCUCCAAUGCAAUACAGAAUUUUGCACUCUCAAGUUCAACAGAUAAUUUAUUUCUCAUCACGUCUUCUAACCAGGCAUGUGCUGCACAGUAUGAUUCUCGAUUCCAAUCUUCCCUUCCUAACAGGGUGAUACACACCAUCUACCUAGCAGCCAACUGGGCAGCACAAUCAAGCCAGGAACGCAAGGUAUGUUGAAACACUCUGCAGCACAGAACAUUUGAGCUUUGACAUGUCAAUUGAACAUCUAUUGUUUUUCUUAUUAUUUCAUAGCUUCCGAGUAUCAUUUGUUCCUCAUCCAAACUGCCCUCGAGAAGUAGCCAUACCCAGCAAUCUGACUACUGCAUCUUGUCCAAAAUACAUUCCCUUCAAUUUUCUUAUAUUAUCAAUAAAGCAUUAUAAUAUGAAGAAAUCACAAACAUUUACCUACUUGUGAUAUAUUUUGCUCAAACCACAAUGGUAAUUCUGUCAUUCUCAGAAGUGUCCCCUUCUCUUCCAAUGAUAAGGAAAAGACAGUUCAUCCUCACCUGACUACUUGCCCCUUAAGGCCGUUUCUUGAUCUGAAAGCAUCGCAAUUUUCUUUGUUUCUUCAUUGUGUUCCGAAAGCAUUUGAAGGGCUGAAGGUUAAGAGCAAUCUAACUCUCUGAACACUGCUGAUGACAAUGGACCUGUGCAUUUUGAAAUAGUGUAGCUAUGCUGACCUCCAAACAGGAAUGUAUAAGCUUUUUCCCACAAGAUAUAGUAAAUCCCACCUCCUCAGCCAUGAAAGUACAGUUGAGGAAAGCAAUAAGUAUCAGGAAUCACAUUCCCCUCUACAUCAGUUAUAUUACCAUCAAGUAGGUCACCUACUAACAAUAACGUUAUCUUGGAUUCAAUUGCUUGAAAAUGAAUAACACUAACUUCACAUGAACUCUGGACUAUCAAACCUGAAGUGACAUAAAACAAAUAAAUAAUUCACACAUAAAAACGACAAGCUUUAUAUUUGGAAUUAAAAAUCGCUUGGUGCUCACCAACAUUUAUUUGUUUCCCCAACAUGAAAAGUAUUCUUUGCUCUAACAUUUCCUUAAUUACAGUGAAAAUAAUUAUAUUUUCUUCUCAAUCCUAAACUAAACAAUUACUUCAGAACCUUAAAGUAACCAUUUAAAUUAGAUCAAAACAUGAAUACGGUACUCUCUGUCAUGUGAAAAAUUCAUUCAACUACCUGCUCAUCAAAUUAAACAUACUCUCCGUUGAUGUCAUGUGUUAUACAGCCUAAUAUACCUCUGGUGUAAAAGCUGUGAAUGAUGGAGAAACUCAGCAGCUCUGGCAGCAUCUAUGGAGAGAAGAACAGAGUUAAUGUUGAGUUCAAUCACUUUUACCUCUGAUGUAGAUGGCAGCACAGUUGAAUGAGAAUCUAAAGAAGCCAUGGCCACCACCUGAAAAGCACAGGUGAUUGAGGAAACAAUAAAGGCCCAAAUUUUGCACUCCACGGCAAAGCGACAGAGUUUAAUCCUGACCAACAAUCUCUAUAUCCUCAAUUUCCUCUUUCCAUAGGACUACUUUGAUUCCAGCAUCAAUUUUCAACUCUCAGCAAAGAAGACAUCCAGAGAUUAAUCAACCAAUCACAUUGCAGAAUUCUCACAGACAGCAAACCAGAAAAAUAAAAAACCCUGAUUAUCCUUUAUUUUAAAAUCAUUUUACAGAAAACCAAACAAAAUUGGGGUAUACAUAUGGGAUUAACAUAGCAACUGAAAUAUCAAACAAAAUUUUAAAAAUUUUAAAUUUUAUUUUCUAAAAACCUGUAGGAGUUAUUACGUUAGACAAAUUUCACCUUCCACAAAAAUAAAAUGAGUGUUUCAGAGCCAGAGAUGUUGUUCAGAAGUAAAUAUGAACUUAGUCCUUUGUUAAAAUCAAAAUUGCAACACAUUCAGAAACGCAUAACAUUUUUAAAGAUUUUUACAAUGUACCUAAUAACAUAAGUAACUCACAUCAACAAAAGUGGAAGCUCACAUCAGACCAAGUGCUUCAGAGGAUUUCCAUUUGUGAGAACUUUAAAUGUUGGAAAUUUUCAAUUUCCACAUUCUGGUAUGGCAGGAAAUCACUGACCACAACCUCUGUAUUUUCAAGUUCAACAACACAUGUGGAAGCCAGAAGUUAUUAUCAGUUACAAAGCAAUAUUGACAGUAAACGCUGAUGGUUUUGCGAUUGUUACAUCCACAAAAUGUGGGCCACAUCACUGCAGAGUGCUACUUACGACAAUUUGGAUGUUCUGACCAUCUUACCAGAGAAUUGACAAGGGAAUUUCUUUCUAAAAUUAGAUAAAAGAUGCUGUACGCUAAAUAUCAUAGAUGCCCAAAUGUCAGAAACAUAUGACCUAUCUCCAUUACUGUAAAUGGUCUGUUCAAAUUUGAGUGGAGUCUGAGAGACAAAGUGGACACAUAUAAAAUUAACUUCAUAGAACAUGGCGACAAACAUUGGGUAUGCAGGUAUUGAAAUGUUUUAAUCAGAAAACACUCACUUCCUAUGAAAAGCCAGCUUUCAGAGGUGAAUUAUUAGUAUCAGCUCUGACCAUCUGUUGCAUAACGUGAAUGAUUGUGUUUUAUAUACACAAUGAAUCAAGGGGAGUGGGUUAAUUAGUUAAGUUCCAAUAGCCACUGUAAAAAAAAAGUCACUCUUUUUUCUUUAAUUUUGUAUAUGUUGUUUUGUUUUGGAUUGGCUUGCUGUGUUUUUAAUCACGAGAAUUACUCCACAGAAACAAGAUUUUCAGAAAAUAAAACCAAAGUGCAUUGUGAAGCCCUUUGGCCUCUUUGUGUAGGUGCCUUGAAAUUUCAAUGUUAAGUGUAUAUUCAGACUGAAAGGCUGACUUUUUCUUGUACAUUAAAUGUGAAAAUUCCUUGUUCUCUUCAAAAUA